AAGCAUAAGGGCGCAGUUAUUUUGUACUCUUGUCAGUUUCUAUCUGCUGUCCCUGUGCUAACCACGGCGCGAACCAUUUAAAUUGUGAUCAGGACAUGAGGAAAUGAUGUACAAAAUAUUUUUUAUUAUUAUUUUCACACUUACACACACCGGUUCUUGCGAUGACGUCAAUAAUUUAUUCGAAAAAAUAAAUAGAGAAACAGUAAAAUUAAAUGCAAUUGGCGCCAACAUAGGCUGGCAAUCUCUGAUCAAUCCUAGCAGUCCGGAGUUGCCAGGUAGAGCGGGGAAAUUUCAGAAAAGUCGAAUCAUUUGGCAACUGAACAACUGUAAUAGACUGGCAACAUUAUAUUUCGCGAAUCAGCUGAAUUCUACGCAAAAGCGGCAAACCUAUUUGUUGUGUAGAGGUUUGAAAUAUUCGUAUAAAGAAACAAGAAAAACAAGCAAUUUAUAUGAAGAAAUUCAAGCUAUCUAUAACGAUGCACAAGUAUGCAUACCCAACGUACAUAGCAAUAGUAGUUUGGCGCAAUUCGAGGAAGCCAUUUUGAAUUAUCUGUCAACGGUCAAUCCAAAUUCGGAACGCUUCAAAAAUUUAAAUACAGAAUGGGAAGGGAAUCAAAUGUGUCUCAAAGGGGAAAAAGAAUUUGAUAGUAUGAUGAAAUAUUCGAAAAAUGAAACAGUAUUGCGUUGGGUUUGGUUGGAAUGGCGGGAAAAAAUGGUGCAAAUGAAGACGCCAUAUUUGCAAAUGAUGAAAAUUGAAAAUAGAGCAGCAAAACGAAAUGGUUACAAAGACAUCGGCGCAGCUUGGCGGGAUGAAAUCGAACUCCCAGAUCUACGAAAACUGUGUUACCAGCUAUAUGAAAGCAUUCUCCCGCUAUACAAAUUAUUGCACGGUGUUGUCAGGUUUCAAUUAAGGAAACAUUACGGGGAAAUUGUGCCAGAGAAAGGGCCGAUUCCCGCACAUUUACUGGGUGAUCUUUGGUCCCAAAAUUGGGAACAUUUGAUAGACAUGAUCCUGACGCAAAAUAUUAAUUUAGAUGAUCGGAUUCAAAAGUUAAAUUGGACCGUUGAUCAUAUGGUAAGACGUGCUGAAGAUUUUUACACAUCCCUUGGUUUACCCGCCAUGACGCAAACAUUUUGGCGCGAAUCUAUAUUUACACAGAAAAAUAAUUCAAUACGCUGUCAUGGGACUGCUGCUGAUAUGUUUAAAAGUGGCGAUUAUCGGCUCUUAUACUGUUCUAACACGUCAUUUGAAGAUUUCUAUGUACUGCAUCAUGAAAUGGGUCACAUACAAUACUAUAUGGCUUAUGAAAAGCAACCUGGAUUGUUUCGGCAAGCUAACACAGCCCUCCACGAAACAAUUGGCGACACAAUAAUGCUCGGAGCUAUAACACCGCAACACUUACAUCGUCUAGGUCUCAUAAACGAUACAGAAUUAUUUUCAAACGACAGUGAUUAUGAAAAUAUAUCUAUCAAAGAUAUAGAAAAUGACUCUACCAAAUAUUUAGAUAACACAAUAAGUGUAAUAGAUAUUGGGAAAACGUUCAAACUAGUCAUUAAUGCUAAAAAGAGUAAUUUAGGAAAUUUAAAAGAGAACGUUAUUUUUAAAAACAAAGAUAGAAAAGGAGGUAUUAAUAAAAAAGGACAGAUAGCACCAAAUGUUAUAAGUGCAGACGAUAUACUUAUUCUAAAACAGGCUUUAAACAAACUACCUCAAAUACCAUUUUCCCUUGUACUAGAUGAAUAUAGAUGGAGGCUUUUUGAAGGUAGUUUAGAUAUGAGAUAUAUGAAUAAAGAGUUUUGGAAUUUAGUAAGAGAAUUGCAAGGAAUAGCACCUUUGGGAACUAGAGGAGAAAAUUAUUUUGAUGUUGGUGCUAAGUAUCAUGUUGCUGAUAAUGUGCCGUAUGUUAGGUACUUUUUAAGCAGUUUCGUUCAACACCAACUAUUCGAGCGUCUCUGUAAAGCGGCUGUAUUCGGUCGGAAGAACGUAGAUGAGUCUAUGCCCAGCUCUAUAGCUCUACAUCGUUGUGAUAUCUAUGGUUCGAAAGUGGCGGGAAAGAUUCUGAAGGACCUAAUGUCACGAGGAAGCUCUCAACAUUGGAUGGAGGUACUACAAGAAUCGGCGGAUAUCGAAACUAUUUCGUCCUCAUCAUUAAUUAAUUAUUACCGUCCUGUUUAUAACAUGCUAACUAAAUUUGUAAAGAAAUAUAAUAUACCGAUUGGCUGGUAGAUAGGUUAUAUAACGGUGCAUUUACAUCAAACGAACAUAGAGAUAGAGCAAGAGCAUUCUUUCGUGAUCUUUUAGUGUAAACGAACACUCGUAUUCAGUGUUGUUCAG